AUGUUCAAGAAGAAACCGAACAUCAAGCCAUUAGCCAAUCUGAAAUCGUCAGAGCGACGAAAAUUAGCAGACCAGAUCAUUCAGGACUACGAACUCGACCUUCAACAGCCCUCGGACGAUCAGACGCCAGAACAGAAAGCGGAUGCGACUGUAGCACGCACAGGCCUGCGAAAUGCAUUGCUUCCGGAUAACGUGCAGUCUGCACGCUUCACAACAACACAUGGACCUGAGUUGCAGCUAGUGAACGGGACGGUUUACGUUGGCAGUCAGGAUGGACAGGAAGCUCGAGUGCUGUGGUUCGAGAGACGAGGGAAGAUGUACCCUACUGUUUACACGCUAUGGAGGAAUCCGGGAAUUGUGCCUCUUCUUCACACUCACGAAUUUGUGAUGCAAAAGUUACAGGGAGGAGCCGAUCUCAUGACACCAGGCCUGGCUGCAGGACCACCAUUUCCACCAGCAGCAAGGAAGGGCAUGGUCGUAGGAAUUGCGAGUACAGAGAGGCCAACCGUGCCGAUGGCUGUCGGCACCUGUGAAAUUGAUGUCUGUGCGCUGGGAAAGGUCCAGGGCGCAAAGGGCCAUGCUGUGGAGAAUUUGCACUGGUCCGGCGAUGAGCUAUGGAGCUUCAGCCUCAAGAGUACACCUGGUCAGCAACCGCCUGAAGAGGUUGAAGGAUGGGCAAAAGUCCUAGAAGAACGAGGGCUGGUGGACAAGACAGAGGCCCUCACAUUGGAGGAUGAUCAGGACAACAAUGGGGGAGUGUCCCUUGAAAUUGGACACCAGUCCAAUGCGACUGGAAAGAAUGCCACCGAGGACGCUCCCGGCGAGUCUGAUGCAAGCACAACUUUCACACAACUCGAGAUCGACGAUUCCUUCCGGAAUGCCUUCAUCUAUGGAGUACACACACAUAAAACCACGAAUCCGAACGUGCCCAAUCACGGUCUGGUCUUUCCCCUAUCACAGUCAUUCACCAUGUCGACGUUGGUUCAACCGUUCCUCCCAGCUUUCACACCAGAGCAAAGUCAACAGCUGCAGAUCAAGAAGACAUCCUGGAAGAACAUCAAGAAGUUCGUGAAAAGCCUAGACAAGUUGAAGAUUCUCAAAUGCAAGGACAAGGACGGGAACGAGGUAGUCAUCACCGAUAUCGACUUCGGUGAUGCUGCGAUUGUCAAUUUUAAGCCCUACAGGCUGCCGAAGAAGGAGACAGCAGGCGGUGCAGCCCAAGGAAGGGGAGAGAUUGACAAGAUCGACGCUGGAGAUGAGGCCCUCGGCCAGAAACUACAAGUAGUCUCAUACUUUAGACCCACCGCAAAGCUCCAACCGCUCUUCGACGCAGUUCCUGGCAGCAAAUCGCUCUACACUCCGCCAGAGGUCCGAGAGAUGGUGACUGCAUAUCUCGAAUCUGAGAAGCUCGUCUCAGAAACCAACAAACGAUUGGCAACACUCAAYCCCACCCUARCAAAUUCCGUAUUCGAUGGCUCCGGCUCUCUCGACAAGGAAGUCCUGGCCAAAGGUACCGUGCCGCGAGACGCCUUGAUAGACCGGGUUCUCAAGGCCAUGGCAACCUCAUAUGCCAUUUUACGAAAUGGUGCGGACCCACACAGCGUGAAGGCGAAAAGCGGAACGCCGCCUAAGAUCCACAUCACGCUCGAGACUCGCAGUGGCAACAAGACAGUGACGAAAGUCUCGGGUCUGGAAGCGUAUCAUAUCAAUGCCCGACCUCUGGCUGAUGAGUUGAGAAAAGUGUGUGCGGGUAGUACAAGCGUGGAGCCGCUUGCGGGUGCGGCGAAGAAGAACGAGAGGGAGGUCAUGGAGGUUAUGAUUCAGGGCCCUCAGAAGGAUGCUGUGGUGAAGGCUCUGGAAAAGAGAGGUGUGGAUAAGCGGUGGAUAGAAGUGCUGGACAAGACGAAGGGAAAGAAGAGGUAG